UUUAAAUAACAACUUCUGGAUAUAUCUCUAGGAUAUGGAAAUUCCUUGGACCAAAAGUAAACAACAUUGGGUCCCGCCAUGGAAGACUGCCCCAUAUGUCCCCAUCUUUCAAAGCUGACACAUUUUUACAGAGGAGUCUAUCCAAAGGCGCUUCGCAGACUGAUGCAUCUAGAGAUUGUCAAUAAAUCCGCUGGCAGUUUUGUCGAAUUCCUUAACGAUAAGAAAGAAACUUUAUUUCACCUGAAAGGCAAACAAUGCUGCUGUGGUUACAGGCGGAGAAAUUCAGUGUUAAAGGAAACCGAGUGGAAUAAUUUAUAUACAACUCAGAAUAACUCUUGUCCAAACAACUACACCGACUGCUUCCAUGUAUAUAAAGCUCGAGAAUGGUUGACGGUAGAUCACCUCGAUUUUUCUCUUGCUUGUGUUCUUUUGCGCAACAUCUGUCCAGGUCAGUACGAGAACACUAUCAAGACUGCUCAGAAACAUAGAAAUGAAGUCAUACACUUAGAAAAGUCAUCAGUAGGUGGAGAGGAAUUCGAAUUGCUUUGGAACAAGGCAUUAACCUCACUGUCUGAUAUUGCUGAUCUUGUAUCCAAAGAGUUUAAAGAACAGAUCAUUCUGGAAGCUGAGUUAGUAUACAAAUAUAAACCGGAGUUUUCACGAUAUCUAGAAAAUACACUUUGUGAGAUAGAAGAACACGAAAAAGAUGACUCGUUUACGCCUACAAAAGUAACACAGUCCAUAAUACACUCACUGGAUCAGCAUGGCAUUGUCAUAAUUGUAGGAUACCCAGGCAGCGGGAAAUCCUCAUUAGGUCUGGAAGUGAUCCGACAAAUGUACUCCAAUGACAAAACUGUGAUCAAGCUCAAUCAUGUUCAUGACUGGAGUAAACUUAUCAAUCCAAAAUCCGGUCAUGUUGUCUUUAUUGACGACUUUCUAGGAGCAUCAAGUACCACCCUCGCUGGGAUUUUGGAGGUAAAGCCUCUUUUUAGCACAAUUUUUGCUUGUGUGAAGAAUAGUAACACCAAAGUUGUGUUGACAAUUCGGAAAUCAAUUUACGAAAGAUGGCACGACCAUUUAGAAGAAUCAAGGUUAUUUAAAUCUGAAAAUGUAAUUGACCUGGCUGCAGAAGAGAAUUGUCUAACUCUAGAAGAAAAGAAAGCUAUGUUAAGAAAUCAUUUCCAGAGCAAAGGAAUUAGUGUGAUGAGAACAAAAAAAGAGACACAAGAAUGUCAUGAACCCAGUAUUGAUCAAUUUACAGUAGAUGCCAUUGCUCAUACAAGUGCUUUUUAUUUUCCUCUUUUAUGUUUCUUAUUCACAAAGUCAGAAAAACAUCUUCAUCUUGGAUUGAGGUUCUUUGAGCAACCGAGAAAGACGUUAGUAACAGAAAUUGAUUCAUUUAGGAAAUCUACAGAAUCAAAGGAAAGAUGGAAAUAUGCUGUUUUGUCAUAUACCGCAGUCUCAGGAAACGUGAUCAACCCUAAAAAAUUAAACACGGACUGCAUAACUAUGAUUUCAGAAUCUUUAGACUUGACAUUACGAAGCAGUAGCGAAUUCAAAAGAGUGGUAGCAGACGCAGCCGAGGAAUUGAAGAAUGAUUACCUUAGAUUGACUAGUCGAGAUACAUACGAGUUCAUCCACCAUACGUUUUUGGAGGCAACAAUCCUUUCUUGUGGAUUGGUUUUUCCAAAACUGGUGAUAGAACAAUGUAACAAUGAUACUUUAUUUGAACUGAUAAGAACAGAGAGUUAUGUUGAGAGAGAAGGAGAGGUUGUCUUAAGGUUAGACUUGGAUUGUUUUGAGACACUAGCAAAGCGAUUUAUUUCAGAAAUCACAUCUGACAGUAAAAUAAUUCCCCAUGUUUUAUUCCAUCCUGUCAUGGAAGAUACAGAGUUUUCUGAGCAGUUUUUCUCUCAGCUUGAGUCAUCUAUCUUAAAUGAGGAUUUGUUACCGAGUGAUGUCUACCUUAUUUUAAUAGAAGCAUCGAAAUGGGGUCAUCUAAGAACUGUGAAAGCUUUAUUCUCAUCCAAUAUUCCGCGACAUGUUGUAGAGGAAGCGGUUAACUACGCAAGUUAUAACAAUCAUGCGAGUAUUGUUGAACUUUUAGUCAAAGAUUUGAAGCCUGAUCCAUACUUCCUACAGGCCUGUAGUUUUGGUUGCGAUGAUGUGGUCAGCUUGUUGCUCGAGAAAGGUUUCGUACAAGAAUUGGAAUUAGUAAAGGAGGGAAUUUUCAGGUCAUCUAAAGCUGGUCAUUCAAAGAUAACCAAUGUACUAAUCAAUGUUUAUAAAAUCUCUACAGGGGCUUUUGAAUUUAAGAAAACAAUCAUGAAAAUUUUAUACGACGCAAUAGAAGCAGAGAAAACAAAUACUGUAAUGGACAUCAUAUCUUGUCAGGAACUGUGCAUAAAUAUGGAAGAUUUAAUUGGUUUAGUUUUGGAGUCAUGCUAUUCAAAUCAAUUGGAGUUUGCAAAAUACCUUCUCCAGAAAUACUGUCAUUUGCAUAUUGAUGAUGGGACUUUGUUGAGAUUAUUCAAAGGAAGCAGACGAUGUGUAGACUUGGUUUUUGAAAUGGAAGAUAUUUUCUGCUUACAGGAUUAUUUUGGAGACGAAAAUAUUAAAAUCAUCUUAUUUUCCGCUAAUCAAGGAAGAUACAUUAUUGAAAAGGCAUUCGUACACUUUCCACAAAAGGUCGAAAGAUCUUUACAUUCGUCACCUAUUCUGUUGCUUCAUUUUUUAUGGAUCGGUUGUCAUUCUGUUGUCUCUCAGGUCCUUCAGGGGAACAUUGACCUUCUGCGAAAUGUCCAGAAGUUUGAAAAGGUUGCAGAAAAGUAUUCCAUUGGCGAAUUUGCUGCUUUUUGCGGAUUUCCAGGUUUUGAUUUGUUCGCAACGAAUGGGUCUCGUGAGAAGCUUGACUUACUAUCUUGCUGUGUUGAAGGAUUUCGAGCAGAAGGAAGGCUACCGGAUUUAGAGUACCAUUUGGGCUAUCGUAAAAAUGUACCUUUUGACAUGAUAAAAGAAUCCAUUAAUUAUUUUGAGACGGAUUCUCGUCAACAUGGUUAUUUUCUUUGCUUACAGUCUCUGUAUGAUGAAACCAGUAAACUCAAUACAGGUUCUCCAAUAUUUGCUACUAUUAUGGAGAUCAUGCAUGACCAAUUUGAAUCGGAGACACUGUCCUUCUUGAAAAACGAAGUUAGUUCCUUGUCUCUUCAUUUACUGACAGUAUCAAGCAUGAAAAUGGAAGUGCUAAAAAUGUUUCGUACAAUACUUCUUCAACAUUUAGACUUUGUGAAACUUGAAGAAAUGUGUCCGGUAAAUCAUUCCAUGGAAUAAAAUAACUGAAAGCAAAUACCAUCAAUAUUCCUACAUCGGAUUUAUUAGGUAUAUCGACGACGACACUGUCCUGUUCCUGGUGGUAUUUACUGUAUAAUUUAAAAAAAAAAAAACUUUGGUAUUAUGACCCCCUAUGCUUGCUAAAUCUUUUAAAGGACUCGUAAGUGCCGAGGAUAUACACGUAUUAUUUUUGUAUUUUUCUAUUG